AUGGAAAGAAAGUGGUUCAAUUUAAUGUUGUUUAAUAGGGAUUUAGAAUAUAGGUGUGGUUUAAGUAACUCAAUAGAUAGUUUUGAUCCUAUUGAAAAUAACGGUGUAAAUGAAGACCCAUCUAUUUUAACUGAUGACCCAUCUAUUUUAACUGAUAUGGAUAAUGACAUUCAUAGUUGGAAGAACAAUAGUGAAAAUGAUAGUUACAGACAUGGUGAUUAUUUAGUAGAUUUACAUUUUGAUGAUAGUGACAACUACAAUGCCAAUAUCAGUGACUUGAAUAGUUACAUUUCCGAUGAUACAAAUGAUAGUGAUUUGUAUCAAAUAGAAAAUUAUAAUGAUACAAAUGAUAGUGAUUUGUAUCAAAUAGAAAAUUCUAAUGGUACAAAUGAUAGUGAUUUGUAUCAAAUAGAAAAUUCUAAUGAUACAAAUGAUAGUGAUUUUACUCCAAUAGAAAAUUCUAAUGAUACAAAUGAUAGUAAUUUUACUCCAAUAGAAAAUUCUAAUGAUACAAAUGAUAGUGAUUUUACUCCAAUAGAAUAUUCUAAUGAUACAAAUAAUAGUAAAUUUACUCCAAUACAAUAUCCUGAUGAUCCAAAAGAUACUUCUUAUACUCAACAAUUUAAGCAUUUAUGGGUUCAAUGUGAAAGUUGCUUUGGACUAAAUUAUAAGAAAUUUUUAAAUCCAAAAUGA